AAAGACCCGAGGGCUGCACUGCUCGCAGCCACCGACGAACAGUCUCAAAGGCAAGAUGACCAGUCUCAGCGCUAAGGACAAGGACGCCGUCAGGGCCUUCUGGGCCAAGGUUCCUGGGAAGGAGGAGCUGAUCGGCGCAGAUGCUCUGUCCAGGAUGCUGGCGGUGUACCCGCAGACCAAGACCUACUUCUCCCACUGGAAGGACCUGAGCCCCGGCUCUCCCCAAGUGAGGAAGCACGGAAAGACCAUCGUCUGUGGAGUGGGCGAGGCUGUGGGUAAAAUCGACAACCUGACCGCAGGUCUGCUGAACCUCAGCGAGCUGCACGCCUUCACCCUGAGAGUGGACCCCGCCAACUUCAAGAUUCUGUCCCACAACCUUCUGGUGGUGUUGGCCGUCAUUUUCCCCGAAGAGUUCACCCCCGAGGCCCACGUUGCUCUGGACAAGUUCCUGGCUUCUCUGGCUGGAGCCCUGUCUGAGAAAUACAGAUAAACCGCAGGAGAAGGAGGCGGAGACUGAAGCUUCGGAUUCUCUGCACGAUGAUUAAUAAAACGUUAACGAGCAAACGCAACUCACUGUUGGCUUUCUUGUUUUUCUGUGGUUUGCGCCAGGUUUUAACAUGUUACAAUAUAUACGGAGCAUCCGAAAUGUCUCUGUAAUAUAAACAGAAAAGAG